AUGCAACAAAUUCAACAACAGAUUUUGACUGAAGAACAAACUAAAACAAUCAUGAAUUUAAAAGAUCAAUUGCAAAAAAAAAUUAAAAAAGAAGAAGAGGAGGUGUCAAAUGAGAUUACAGAUGUUGUUUAUAUAGUUACCAAAAAU